AUGGCCAGCACAGAGGAUGCAGGAAUCCUACAGGAUGAGUCAGUCAGCAAUGUUUGCAUGGGUCGAAGACACUGCAGAAAAGCAAAAUUCAGGAAAAGCUGGGUGAAACCGCUCUGUUGUCACAACUUCAUAAUGACCUUACAAACAAGCUGGAUAUCAGCCCCAAGAGCAUUUCUUCUCUUAUAUCUUUGGAGAGCAAAGGUWUAUGCUUCUGGAAACUUGGAGGAGGAAAUAGAUUACACGUACGUUAUUAUAGGAGUUACUCUGGGAGCAGUUCUAGCAAUCGGUUUCRUAGCAGUAAUAAUCUGCAUGAUCAAAACCAAAAUGAUUGACAGUGUGUUUGAAGAAUCAGAUGGCAAAAUGGAUAGAAGGUCAAAUAUGGGAUCAAGCCAAACCAGAGAUGACAGCAAUGCAAUAAGAAACCAAAGUACAAGGGAUCAAUAACCCUUUUGCAAUCAACAGUUACCUGGUCUGAGGAUCAAUAGAAGUCUCUUGUGCACAGGCAGGGAUCUCACCAAUGCCAAUCCCUUUCUUUGUUCUUUAGUUGAAAGGCUGAUUGAUGGUUUCCAGGAAGCGCUUAUAAUGCAGGCUAACUUCAAUCACCUGCACCCCAAAGACCUGCAAUCCCCGACAGCAUGCAUAUGAAGGAAAUGUAUGAGCAAAAUAAAAUAGAUGAGCUGUGCUCACUAACAUAUCCUCUUUGUUCCGUGAUAAGGAUAUGGUUGAUUUCUAAGGUCGGUUAAACACCAGGUAAKCAGACAAGUAGCAAUAGAAUUCAGCAGCAAAAUCAUGGUCACACCCAUGUUUCAAUAAUUAUUUCAGCAGCUUGGAAGUUCAUUCAUUUGAGGUUAAAACAAAAUAAGGCUUCUCAUAUAUCUCAGGAAAUAUAUGUUUUGUGUUAUUAGGAAAACAUUUAAUUCACUUCAAGUUUUAUCUUUUUUUUUAUUUAUAACUAAUGUCUUUUGUAGGUGUGAUGAUUGCAACCAUUUAAAAUGUGAUAUGGUCUAAUCCAACUUAAAAAAAAAAAAAAAGCAAUUAUAAGACGGAAGUCCAACCCAGAAAUUCUGAGUGUUAUUAAGAAAUAUCAUUCAGAAAAAUAAUUUAAACCAGGGUCUCCUAUCCAGUAAUCAAUUUUCUGAUCAGGCAGAGCCAAUGUGCUGGGUCAGGGACUUAGAGGAAACAUGCUUUUGGAGCAUAAGAACAGGAAUAUCAGAAUCUUGGUUUGAUAAAGAAUAAGCUACUGUACCACUUGUAACUGUAACUAAAGGGAUUUCAACAUGGGGUUUUUCUGACUUUCACAAAGCAGGUUAUUUUUCAAAUGUGCAAAGGAAACUGGAUAGUAAUUUCCUACACAUUUGGAACAACAAAAUGUAAAGUUUGUUUGGCGAGAAACAUGAUCUAUUGGAAUACUUUCCCUGGUUUCCUGGGUAUCUGUUACCUAUUUCAGUAACACUGCAGUUCAUUAGCAGCAUUUUCUAACAGAUAAACUAAAGCAGUAAUGUGAUACUUGUAAGUAAUUGUGUGUACAUGUGUAAGUGAAUAAAGCAUCU